AUGGCAGAGAACAAUAGAACUAUGAAGGAACUUGCUGCUCCUGAUACGGCUUACAAGUAUUCUUGCAUUACUUAUCCAGACUUGUCAGUGGAUUUCGAGCUCAGAUCGAGUUUAAUUCAUUUGCUUCCUAAGUUUCAAGGCUUAUCAGGGGAAGAUCCUAAUAGACAUUUGCAUGAGUUCCAUGUGGUUUGCUCUACUAUGAAACCACAAGGCAUUUCAGAGGAGGAUAUCAAGUUGAGAGCCUUCCCAUUUUCAUUGUCAGGAUCAGCAAAGGAAUGGUUGUACUAUCUUCCAGCGGGAUUCAUUACGAGUUGGAUUGACAUGAAGAGGGCAUUUUUAGAGAAAUACUUCCCAGCUUCUAGAACCACAACUAUAAGGAAGAACAUCUGUGGUAUUAAACAAGUUGUGGGAGAGACUCUUUAUGAUUACUGGAAGAGGUUCAAGAAAUUGUGUUCAAGCUGUCCUCAACAUCAAAUUAGUGACCAGUUACUUGUUCAAUAUUUUUAUGAGGGUUUGUUACCUAUGGAUAGGAGCAUGAUUGACGCUGCAGCUGGAGGUGCUUUGGUUAACAAAACUCCAGAACAAGCAAGGGAGCUCAUUGCAAAUAUGGCAGAAAAUUCUCAACAAUUUGGGAGUAGGGCACUUACUACUAGAGGAGUUGGUGAAGUUCAAACGGUAUCAAAUGAGCAAAAGGAGAUCAAGAGUUCAUUGUUGGAGUUGACAUCUUUGGUCAAACAAAUGGCGUUGAAUAGUGCUAGCCAAGUUUCAUCUUUUUCAGUUCAAACGAUGAGAGUUUGUGGCAUUUGUUCGAGUCAAGAGCACACUUCGAAAUUAUGUCCAAAUCUCCAUCAAGAUGAAUCAAUGGCGGCUAUAUCAAGACCACAAUUUCAGCAAAGGUAUGAUCCAAAUUCUUCCACCUACAAUCCGGGUUGGAAGGAUCAUCCAAAUUUGAAGUACGGGAAUUCCUUCUACCAACAACCACCUUAA